CUAAUAUUCGAAUCGAUGCCAUUGGUACCAAACUUUUCAAGUUCCAUAGUGUACACAAUGUCUAGAGGUGGAUUUAGGAGCAACUAUGGUGGUGGCGGCAGAGGGGGAGGAAGAGGGGGUGGAUUCCGCGGGGGGGGUCGAGGUGGAGGAAGAGGGGGGUAUGGAAACAGAUACGAUCAGGGCCCCCCAGAAACUGUAAAAGAACUCGGGGAGUAUGUACAUCCCUGCGAGGACGACUUGGUCUGUGUCAGCACGAUAGAGGAUGUCCCACAUUUUAAUGCUCCAAUUUUUCUAGAAAACAAACAACAGAUCGGAAAAGUGGACGAGAUCUUUGGAUCCAUUAGAAAUUUUUAUUUCUCAGUAAAAUUAUCAGAAAACAUGAAAGCAAAAUCAUUUGCCAAAAGCACAAAGUUAUUUAUAGAUCCCUACAAACUAUUGCCCCUACAGAGGUUUCUGCCAGGGUCUGGAGGAGGAAGAGGUCGCGGAAGGGGUGGAAGAGGUGGGGGCCGGGGAGGAGGUCGAGGAGGGGGCAGAGGACGAGGUGGUCGUGGCGGCGGUGGUGGUUUUCGGGGCCGAGGUGGAGGUGGCGGUGGAUUCAGGGGUCGUGGUGGAGGUGGAGGGUUCAGAGGUCGAGGGGGAUUCAGGGGGAGGUAACCCCAGUGUGACAGUCUUCAGGAAUGAAUGUUUAGAAAACAUUAAGGACAAUUUUUGUAAUGACAUUCAUUGCAUUUAUCAUGUAGAUGGCAGGCUAUAUCUUACUUUUGUCUGUUGGUUAUGUGUUCAAGUUACAUGUCAUUUGUCUAUGUUGUUGCAUUGGAUUAAAUGUAUCAAUAAAUGGAUAAUAAUAAAUAUAUAACAUGCCCUUAU